CUCCUGACUUGAAUCUUCAUCGAACGAAACGCCCACUCCAUCGCACCUUUUGUGUCGCAUUCGUGUUUCCGUGUACACGUCAAGUACUACAUUUAGAUUCAGAUGAAUCCCGAAACCAUGUCGCAUCUACCUCUUACAAAGCACGAGAAUUCAGCGACAAUGCCUUACCGAAAGAUCAAAGUAAAGGACAGUAUCAUUCACAUCAUACACCUGCCCGGUGGACAGCAGGUCAUCUGCUGUUCAUGGUAUGGGACAUUUAGAGUCUGUGAUUUGGAGACGGGCGCCCAGGUCGAGGAAUGGGAGGACAAAAAUCCAGGAGUGGAGACCAUGGCAUUGUCGCCGAGCGGCAAGACAAUAGCAACUGGGGAUUGGGGUGGCGUAGUGAAAUUGUGGGACGUCGGCACAGGCAAGGUCAUCAAACAUUGACGGGGCGCACAAGGCUAGUGCGUCCUAUGUGCUGGAGUCCAGAUGGAGGGCGACUGGUGAUCGGAUCCGGAGAUGGAACAUUCAGAGUGUGGGAUGUCAAGAGCGGACUCGGAGAAACUAUCCUGGGACCAAUCAGGGCAGGGGACAAGCACAUUUGGGCGGUUUGUUACUCACCCGAUGGCAAGAGGAUUGCCACAGCGGUAUAUGGGCUGAAAAUUUGGGAUGCUAACUCAGGCGAACUGCUCAAAGCAUUGGAAGGUUUUUUUUCGUGCCUGGCAUGGACCUCAAAUGAAAAAACACUUAUCGCCGGCGGAACCAGAAUCACGAAAUUCGACACAGCCACCUGGUCACAAAUAGCUGUCAUUGAGACGCCCACACGAUUGUGCACUAUUUCACUAUCUCCCAACGAGCGCAUCCUCGCAGGUAUACCACUGGCACUGAGCAAUACAGCAUAUUUAUGGAACCUUAGCAAGACAGCAUAUCUAUGGAACCUCGAAACCGAUCAACUUAUCAAAACAUUAUAUCACGCUGAAGACUCCGAGUACCGUGCUCAGCCUAUCUUUUCUGCAGAUGGAAAGUUCCUUAUCACUAGCUGCGAAGACUACCUAUACAGAUGGGAUCUUUCCGCUAUCGUCAAAGAGGCUGGCCUUCCAUUAGAAAUUCUUGAUGCUCCACCACAACCAGCAGUAAAGAAGAAAGGUGCUUCUCAUAUACCCCCAGGGUUCUUUGACGAUGACAUACGAAAGGCUAAUGAGCGCAUUCGUCUAUCCCAAUCCCAUGGACCAUAUCGCCACCCAACUCCAGCACCACGUCAACGCGCCCUCAGUCGAUUUUCCUCCUUAUGGCGUGACUCAAAUUCGCACAGGGAAACUGACCACCAUGGGCGACCUCAGUCCCACCCUCUUAGCUGGACUCGAAAUCUUGGUAUACUACGCAGACGAGAUGCAUCAGGCAUUGAGUUGCAAGAGGUCGAGGUCCCUUACACAGCGGGCAAGCCUAGGAACUAUCAUGCAAGAAAGAAGAAGCCAGUUGCUAGCUCAUCUCGAGCUUCUAAUACUCAUACCACGCAACCUAGCUCGUCUUCACAACCACCACCUUCAACGGCCGCUGCCUCGACACUUUCCGCAGUUACUGGUACUGCUGGAGCAUCAGGAAGUCCUCAUGCCACAGAUAUCGGAUGGUGCGCUCGUUUUGUGGGCUGUAUUUGCUGCGCAUCUGUUCAGAACGCAGACGGUCACCAUUAGUCAAGCGACACUUUGGCUUCUGUGUUUCGUUUGUGUUUCAUCUAUAACUAAUUCUUCACGACCCACUCUUCUGUCAUCGUAUAGUACCUCCUGGUUAUUUCACAAGUAUGUUACAGUGUGUAGUACCAAUAUCCAUCAGUCAUACAUGCAUCAGCGGGAAGUAUCGCGCU